GGCUAGGAACAGUCAAAGUCAUUCUGCUGGGUAUCGUACCCCUCGGAUACCAGUUAUAGUUCCUACAGACAGGAAUGCUAUUGAUGACAGCACACCAGAACUUAAAAAUGCAAUCAGUUCAACAAAAAGUAAUAAUGACAAGAUUGAUAAUGAUAGUGCUGAUUUUUCGAUGAAUGAGUGCUCUCAUGAUGGAAGAUCCAGAAUCAUGGAAGCAAUCAAAGGUGUUGAAUGCCAGACUUUCUUGGAGUCCAAAGGAACUGGAGGCACUGAGAUAUGUCAGAAUCAGCAACCUUUGAGAAAAAGAAGAAUGAACCAAACUAUGAACCGAGGCCGGACCAGUAAAGUUGGGCAUGAAACCAUGGUGGCGGUUAAAGAAGGGAAUAAACCUCUUGGAUUACUCAAAGAACAGCAUAUGUUCAGUGAGUUUAUUUCUGCAGAUGAUAUGGUCAUCUUAGACGUGCUGGAGAGUCUGGUGAAUGCGCCUGAUAAGAUGUCAAAACUCAAGAUCAAUAUUCCUUCAGGUGCACUUAGUGAAAGUGACUUUACAUUAUCGGAGAGCAAGGAUGAAGGACAUUCGCCUUUUGAUCUAUCUAAACAAGGGAAGUCAGUUGAAGAAUGCGGUGCAUCCAAGACCAAGCAGAAAACGCAUACCGAGUUAUUAAAUGCAGUGGUGCCUGCUGAAAAAGUAAAUGUUGUUGAUGCUAUUGAUAUCACUGAGGGUUCCUCAAAUUCUGACUCUGUAAAAAUAGGAUAUUUACCGUAAUCAACUGCAAAUAUUUCCGGUGAAGUGUACCCCAAUGUGCCAAGGGAAAUAAACCCUGAAAUAAGUAUGUCAAGAACAAGAAAAAUGAAAAACACAAUGCAUAGCAAAAAAAUGUAUGUAUCAUGCAAUGAAGGUUCAGAUAAUUUACAGGCAAGAAAAUUGCUGCAUUGUUUGUCAUCUGAAUUGCUUCGCAGAUGGUGUACAUAUGAGUGGUUCUACAGCGCUGUUGACUUUCCUUGGUUUAUGGAUAAUGAUUUGGCAAAGUACUUAAAUCAUCCAUAUUUGAGGCAUAUUUCAAGGCUGGCUAGAUCUGAGUGGAGCAUAGUACGAAGCUAUCGUGGCAAGCCCCGGCGCUUUUCUGAUAAUUUUCUGAAGGUGGAAAGACAACAGCUUGAGGAUUAUCGCAAUGGAGUUAGGACAUACUAUGCUCAACUAAGUGAUGGUUCACUAGAUUCUCUACCAGCAGACGUAGCUCAGCCAUUUUCAAUUGGCCAGGUGGUCAUCGUCCGUCACCCAUGUUCUAGGGAACUUUGUGAUGGUAAAGUGAUGGCGGUGGAGCAGGAUUGUUGCAAGGUCCAGUUUGAUAACCCUGAACUUGGUGUUGAUCUAGUAAAGGACAUUGAUUGUAUGCCUGCAAAUUGGCUAGAUAAUCUUCCUGAUAAUGUCAGGAGCACUUUGGAUUCACAUGAUGUGCACAACAUACUGAAGAUGGAGCACAUUUCCGAGCUUACACCAAGUGGUAACAGAGGUCAUACCAUUAAUGAAGUUUCUAUACCCGACCUGCCCAUUAGUCUGGACAUUACAUCAGAUCAACAAGUUGAGGCUGAAUACUCAGUAGAUAGUGAAAGGACACAAAAAGAGAGUACUUCUGAUGGGGUUGUACAAUCUAUAGAUUUCCUAAACCAUGAUGAUCAUUAUGGUCAACUAGAGUCGUACUGUUCUGCAUUCGUCCAAAGCUUGCAAUCACAAGCCAGGGAAAUGGUAGACGAAGUUAUGCAGGUAACAUCUGGAGGUAACGAUUCUCAAGAUGAUGAGGCAGGCAGAGGGAAUCAAGCAACUAAUUGUAUAAGCCCUGAUUUUGGGUCUGCUACUCAUGAUGCCCAGCUUCCAUCAAAACUGAUUACGAACUGCACUGCCACUGUUCUUGCAGUGAAGUGCCUUGCCGACUCACGGCAUCCACCUGCAAACAUAGCAGGCAUCCUGGAGCGUUUAUUGGUGAUGCUACGCCCUAGUUGUUCAGAGAACCUCACGAUCUACAGAGACAUAGAGAAACAUAUCUCGCUCAUAACGAGCCAGACAGUGGCACUUGUGCCCAGAACAUUGUAACUGGGCAUUGUAACAGCCUGACUACCUCUGCCUACCAUGACCAUUCGGGCCCACCAGUCAGAGGGCUACUUCCUCGUCUGUCAGUUGAAAACCAAACACAAAGGAUGGAAAUGGAUCGGAUAUAUAUGGAAACGGAUUCGGAUAUCUCAUGUAUCCAUCUUUCUGUUUCCUUUUCCUAGGAUGGAAAUAGAUCGGAUACGCAUGGAAAUGGAUUUAGAUAUCUCGGAUAUUCAUUUUCCUGUUUCCUUA